AGUUAGUUAAAGUUGAGAUGAGCGGGCAUCACUGAUGUCGGCCGAAGCAACAAAGGAGGCAAUCGCCAAGAAAGAGGAGGUGAAACCAACCGUUGCAGCUGUUACGUACAUUUGCGGAAACUGCGGCUGCCUGGUGGAGAUCAAGUCGAAUGACAUUAUCAGAUGUCGUGAAUGUGGAUAUCGAAUCCUCUUCAAGAUGCGUUCAAAGAAGCCCAUGCAGUACCAGGCGAUCUGAACGCCUGAGAGAAGCACAAAGCCAAAAGGGCCCAAAGCGCACAGUACCGUAAAAGGACAAAGUCUAUGACGCUGUGAAAGAUGCUGAAAGACGAAGUCUCAACACAUUACUGAACCGACUGCUGCACGCAUGACUGUUGGCUUCUUGUAGGCAAGGGUAAGCCCAUCUGUACGCCGAUCUUGGCUUGCUACCGCUUUGAAUAUGACAUGUGUGACAUCUCAUCAGGUGGUUCAAGUGAUUUCCUUUCGCAAUGUCGCAGAAACUCUAUCUUCAAGCGAAAAGCCAGGUCAGAGCUGCAUACGAUGAGCUUGGGGAUUGGAUUUUUGAGACUUUUGGAGAAGGGCGGCUGGACAAGUGUGAUGAGUUGGAAGAGGACAUUUGGGAAGUUGCAAAGCGGAGACGUGGGAUGCGCUUCUUUACUGCAGGCCGGCCCAGGGACCGGAAAAGAUUUGCCUCCAUCUUGUUUCCGCUAUUUAAAGGGGACCCGAACGAAACACUCUAUCAAGAGGCUUUCCAAGACGUCCUCCGCGUCGCUGGAGUUUCUGUGAAGCCGCAGUCUAGGCACAAGCUCUCGUUUGGCGGUGGUAUUCUGUACUUCACUGCAGAUAACCAAGGAAAUUUGUAUGGUGUGGUGGCCUCCGACGACUAUCCCAUGUCGUUUGUUUUCGAGUUCUUGGAUGACAUGCUGGAGGUCUAUGAAAGCAUUGAUGUGGCCAGUGCGUUGAACAAGGCUGACGAGACUUUGUGGGCAGAGCAGCAGUUUGUUGAAGAUGCGUUUGGCGUGAGGGAGCUGGCUCUGGAAAGUUGGAAGAAGAGGGUGCGAGAAGGAGAUGGCUCCUCAUUCUAUUUCCCAGAAGAUGCACUCCGAUCCUCUGAGUUUGUUGAGCGGCUCUGAUGCGUCCGCUUCAAAGGGUAUGAGCACGCUACGCAGACAACACUUGACUUAAUCUUCUGUGCGAUCGGUCUGCAGAAGAGUCCCACUUCAACGACUUUGAAGUCUUUUGUUUUAUGCUGAUGGCAAGACACUGGGAAGUGUCCGCGCAGAAGAUGUCGCUGCCGCUGCACGUGUGAGGGAGGUGUUUCGGGAAAGCGAUGAUGUCGCCUCAAUGCUUCAUUCAAGUUGCUGCCAGUUUUACCUGAUGCAUGCGAUUGGGAACAUUUCUAUGUUUACUACACCUUGGAAGAAACGGAUCCGAUCAUCUAUGUAGAUUUGUUGGGGCCUUACAUCUAGAGCGGCGUGGCAACCUGAUUGCAUUUUCAAGCUGUUCCCGCAGAGGCACGCCGGCACCAUCGAAUGAUAGCAGAGUGCCAUGUCCAAUGUGAAGUGGUGCCCGCUGUAGGUGUCGAUGAGUUCUUCGGCGUGAGCAAGCCGGAGACCUUCUUGGCCAGCACAGUGCCGAAGGAUUACUGUACUUGAAAAUGAUAUGGGAUGCGAUUGUGCAGCACGAAGGUGAGACAUCUUUCUUUCCGCUACUGCGCUUUGCUUGAUCUGAGUCAGACAGAAUGGACAUCGCCUCAAUGAAGCACGGCUUCUAAAAUGCACAGCCCUAUCCAAAGGUUGAUAUCAAAGUGCGCAAUGUCUUUGGGCUGCGGGCUGUGGGGGUUAGUUGGCCGACUAGCUGGGAUUAUGGCACCUUUCGGAUGCAUGUCUCCGAGAAUAUUGCCACGCAGCACUACAGAGAGUUUACAAUCACACUCUCGCCUCUAAAAGAGCUAUUUGUCAUCACAGAUACUUCGAUGGCAGCGUUUGUGAACACGUUACGAAGCUCCUUCACUAGUUCCAGGGCAAGCUGUCCAAGUAUCAAUGCGUGACAAAAAGACCGAAGAGAAGCUCAAACGCGGCACAGAGGUCGCAGAGGCCAAAUGCGAAGCAGAGAAGGAAGCCAGCGGAGAGGUGAAUCUCCCAAGCGCACUAUUUAGGUAGCGGAUGAGGAAGGUAAGACUGUCAUGGAGGUGCCAGAGGGACUUCCAGGCAACAACUUGAUGAGUUCUACAAAGAGACUACGCAGUGAAGAAGAGGUUCCCUUAGGACUUGGAGCUUGGUAACAUGCUGCGAUGAAAUCCUCUGUUGAGUGUCCAACCAUGUGCCUGGCAACUUCCAACUAAUGACCAGUGCUGCAGCAUUUGCAGGUCUGCAAUUCACUUUCAAGCGUCAUUGCUAGGCUGCUAGGUGGCCG